AUGGGUAUCGGGGUCCAAAUGCCACAAGAAUACCGUGAUGCAAGACGAGCACUUUCAGACUCUGCGAAGGACGAAGCGAACCUUGGAAAGAACACCCUUGGAUUAUGCAGUUAUAAGUUUUCUGAGGCUAGAGAGCCAGUAUGUUCUAAAUUUGCAUAUGAAGAACAACUUUUAGAGAAAAUGAUAAGAACUGAAAUUAAGGUUGAAACAAUGGUAAAUGAAAUUAAGAAAACUGAGGAAAAUGUCAUCAGUACAUUAGGCGACAUUAAACAAACAGUUACGGACAUGUUUGCAGACAUUAAGGGGAACAUAACGGACGAGAUGUUAAAGAGAAGUGAUGAGAUAGAAAGGAGAGAAGGAUCCUUCAAGCAUUUAUUUGAGCAGACAAGAACAAACCUCACGAGUGACAUGGAAGCUGAAAGAGAAGAACUUACUCAACUUCAAGAAUCGUUCAAGAAAUUAAUCGAGGAGACAAGAACAAACCUCACGAGUGACAUGAAAGCUAAAAGAGAAGAGGAACUUUUACAACUUCAAGGAAAACUUGAACGACCUCCGAUCGCUUUCCAUGCACAUCACGUGGAAGAUUUGGUUCUUGAUACUGCAGAUGAAAUAAUUAUAUUUACAAAGAAUGUGAUUAACGAGGGAGCAGGCUAUGACAGUUCUACUGGAAUAUUUACAGCACCUGUUGGAGGACUGUACCAGUUUUCUGUGCAUACAUGUGUUUCUUUAGAAAAGUAUGCUUACAUUGGCCUAAUGUUAGAAGGUAAAGUUAUUGCAGCUGAUAUGAACCAUGAUAAGGAUCAUUAUACAUGUAGUGCUUUUGGAGCAAUAGUGAGAGUAAAAUCAGGUGAAAAAGUUUGGGUCAAAUCAACAUGGUCAAGUUCUAACCGCCGGCUAGAACAAGGCUCAUAUAGGAUGAACACAUUUAGUGGAAUACUUGUCAAUAACUGA